UGAACAAAUUAGAACAAAAACGUUAAGCAACAAAAUACUUUUGUCAUUUAUAUUUGCCAACAAGUAUUUAAUUUUUAUCAAAGAAUAGAGUCUCUCUGUAUCGGCCGAAUUAUUGUGUAGUCCGAUGUAACAGGUGAUAAACUAUCGCACAUCCGUAAUUGGGUGUGAUCACUAAGUUUUCUUAUUGUUUGGUUUUCAUUGUUAUUAAUUUUUUAAAUCGCGAAUUGGAAAUCCAUUAAUAAUGGAUAUAAGUGCAGAUGUAGAUAAAAUUAUAUCUCAAGCUCCAGAUUGGAACUUUGCGGGUGAUUGCGCCCUACUGGCACUGAUGAAGCGUAUUUCCCAGAAUCUGCAGGAUAGGGGCGAAAAGACCAGUCGCAAUCUUAGGGACUUUGAGACGAGUGUGAAGCAAGUGGAUAUAUCUCUAAACAAUGCCACUAAUAGCCUGCGAUCCUUACAAUUUGGCAAUCAGUUUGUAGAGUAUCGAGUGGAGGAAGUGGAUGACGCUGAUUUGGCCAUGCCAGAAGAGAAAAAGAAAAAGCCACAGGCGCCAUCAAUGAGUUCCGAGGAAAUGGCAAAAGAGUUUCUCGAAAACAAUUUGCGAAUGUUCCGCAAAAACUAUGAGCCGGUGACUAUAGAAGUGCCAGAUUCCGAUGAUGAGGAUGCACCUGUACACUCAACAACUGUAUUCCGGGCAAAAAAUCCUUACGAUGCUAUUCCCCUGCCCUAUGUAAUUGGGACAAAGGAAUGGGAGGAACAUAAAUACGCCGGGUUGUAUGACAGCAAAGAGAACAGUGAGGAUGAAAGGUCCGAAGAGUUUUCCUCAAGUUCAUCGGACGAGAGAGAAUCCGUAACAAAGAAAAUUACAGUGCCAACGAACAAAUUAGGGGAGCCUCACCUCUCUGACUCUUCUUCACUGGCAUCGUUCGCCAGGGAACCAGCAAUUGUAUCUCCAGUAAUCAAACCUGCUAGCCAGGUUCCAGAAGCUGCCAACAGAACACAACCGCGUCCUAUUAUAAGUAGUCAUCGUAAUCCACAUGAGAGGGACAUGUUUUCUGCACUUCGGCAAUCGCCGCCUAGCGAUGAUCCGCCUUCCACUUCAUCAUCGCCCACAUCGUCACCAGCUUUUAGGAAUCCUUCUAGCCGCUUGCCAAUCGUAUCUACGGCAUCGCUUAGCUCUAGUAGCAGCAGUCCUGCCCAACAGCCGGCAAGACUUUUCGACGAGGCUGUCUCAACCCAAAUUCCCAAGGAAACUGACGUCAAGUCAAAUCAAACCAAGCGUAUGCCAGUAAAUCUCUUUAACGACGAUGAAUUUAAAUCGUUUAUGUCGGAAAUCGUGGACAAAGUCCAGGCCAAGUCGGGCAGCAGCUCUGCAUCCACUGGUACAACGAAUUCAAUUAAGGAACCGCAAAACGAACGAAAAUCUUUGGAAACCAAGUCAAAACCUGAAGCCACCAAGCCGAUCGUUGAAAAAUCUGUUCCGAAACAUGUAAAUCUGUUUGAUGACAGUCCUCCUUUAAGUCCUACUCCAAAGGCAGAGCCUAUCUUAAAUAGUAAUAAAUCAUCGGGUGCCAUUCCAAAACAAAGCCCAGCUUUGGAUAAAAAUUCCCAAGCCAAAUCUCUCUUUGACAAUUCUCCUACCAUGGUUGUCAGUCCAAAAGAAAUUCCUUCUAAGAAGCCAACGACACCUCUUAAGAAAUCGUUGUUUGACGAUGAUUUGGAAGACGAUGAUUUCUUGAACUCCUUUACGUCUAAAACAAAGCCAGAACAAAAAACGCUUUCCAAACCGAAAUCCUCUUUAUUUGAUGAUGAUGAUUUGGAUAUUGAUGAUAUAUUUAUAAAACCUUCGGUUCAACCAAAGAAGCUCUCUGAAAAAGUAGCUGGAAAAACCAGUUUGUUUGAAGACGACGACCAAGAUGAUGUCACUGAUUUAUUUGGCUCUAAAAAGACGAAGGAAACAAGGAAUGAGACGCUUCCAGAUACUUUAUCCGGAAAAAAUGUCGAGGAAUCACCUCCAGAUAUUUUACCCGAUCUAAGGAUGGAGGCUACAGUAGCCCCAAAGAAAAGUCUAUUUGAUGAUAUCGAUGAUGAUGAUAUAUUUGGAACACCGAAGGCUAAAAAUUUAAUUACUACCGAACAAUAUAACGCCCCUCAGACUUUUGAAAAUACUGAAAUUAAAAUAGAAAAACAAAAGGAGAUUGGAAAGCAUACAGAAGAAAUGGAAGUAAAUUCAUCUAUGACUAAUAUAAGAGAUUCACCUCCGCCCUUAGAAACUUUGGAAGAUAAGUCUAAGCAAGUAAAAUGCGGAGAUGAUUUAUUGGCCGAUGAAGUUCCUAGAUCUACAAAUUUGUUCACUAAAGAUUUAAGCGAUCAUGAAUCUUUCUUAAACCCCUUAAAUAUUAAAGUUAAGACUACAAGUGAUAGUGAAACUAAAGAAUUUAUCAAAACUGCUGAACGAGAUAGUUUGCAAGCUAAUGAAAAUAUAGUAUCAAUAAUUCCUCCCGAAUCUUCUACAAAACCAACCGAUUUGUUUAACGAAGAUAUUAGCGAUGAUAAAACAUUUUUGAGUACAUCCAAGCAUAAGGAAGAUGCUACAGCAACAACGGAAAUUAAUAUAUCAGCUAAAGUCGAGUUGGUUGAUGAGAUUAAACAAGAUGAGCCACAGAAACUGCCAGAGAACAAAAUAGAUAGUAUAACCAUCGUCGACGAAAAGGAUGAUGUUGUGCCUGAAGUGUUAAGCAAACCCCAAAGAGAUGUUUUAGUUUCCGAAAGUCCUCCACCAGACGAUUAUCAAAGCGAGCAAGAUCCAAUUAUAACAAUGGUGGCCGAUGUCACUAACAAGUCUCCAGAAGGUACCCCCCGAAAGCCUGCUGAUCUGGCUGCUGCACAGCAAAUCAUGCAGAAUUACUCAAAUCUAUUUUCCGACGAGCCGCCAGAUGACAGUGAAUUUUUCCAAGCUCUUGGGGGUAGUGGUCUCAGCAGCCUCAGUGCCUCGAAAAUCUUUGACAACGAGCACGACUUUUUCGAACCCGCCUUACCCAAAAUUCCAAAUGCGACUAAGCCAUCACCAGUGACACCUGGAGAUCAGCCAUCUUCGGCAUCAGACUAUGGCGCUAUGUGUUUAUUUAGUGAUAUCCCACCGGAAGAUGAUGACCGUGAGGGUGAAGAAGCUCAGAAGCAACCUGUAGUUCAGAAAGACGAAUUACCACCAACCCGGAUACACACAAUUUUCUAUGAUGAUUUUAGUGAAACAGCUAGGGCCGGAGGAGUCCAGCCAAUCCCUAAACGGUUUAGUUUCGAUGAUGAGCCCCCGCCAGCUGACGAACCUGAUCGCAGUAAAGUUAACGAGAGUCCAGAGUUGCCUCCACUCAAGUCUCCUGUAAAAAAACUGAAAAUGCCUAAUAUUAACAUAAAUGUGCAGGCACUACUUCCCGGCUCCGGAGGCCUGCCAAAGGUGCUCAGAAAACAAGAGUCAUCUAGUUCUGAGAGAGAAGAACCUCCAAAUACUGCCCAGUCCACAGAGAUCACACCAAGUUCCAAGGAAAACGUUAUACCUCCAGGAGAGGGUGGCCUGCAACACGUGAACAAAUCUCGUGCUCGAGGCCCUGCUAAAAGAAGACCUUCUACCAGGAAGGGCAGAAAGGAAAAUUACGCCAAGAGCUUGAUGGAUGCUGAUCUAGAGACAAAAUCUUCAACUUCCAUUCAGGGAAGGACCUCUAUAGCUAAACCAGAUGUAGAGCACCUUGAGUCUAAAACUUUCAUAACCCACAUUCCGCAGUCAGUAAGAGAUGAAAAGAUGUCUUCUGCUCCACCAGUUCCGAUUUUAAAUGUUCGGCCGGAGAUCAAGCCGCAGAUAGAAAUACCAGCUCCUCCUAAGGUGGACGCAACAUUUUUGGAUAGCCCAGAUGAGGACGAUUCCUUCUUUACUUCUGUUCCUUCACAGGCAAAUUCUUCGAAUAGGUCAAUUGGAGGAAAGCAAGGAUCUGAUCCACCCAAGUCGUAUCGAUCAUUUUUGGAUAGUCCUGAUCAAGAUGAUCUUCUUUUUAAACCUUUUGAAAGUAAGGGUGCGAUCGAAAAAGCUUCCGUUCCCUUCCCACAAUCGGUUUCUAAUGAAGCAACCGCUGAUCACCGGAAGCUCGUCCAAUCAUCAGAACCGCCGAAUUUGGGAAAAUCAUUUUCGGACAGCCCAGAUGAAGAUGAUUCACUAUUUAGUGCAGCAGUAAUGGCGCCUGCUGCUCGAAAAGCAUCAGUCCCUGCAGAAAAGAUCAUCGACACUUCUGCAAAGGAGACUUCUGCUCCUACCAAAGAACCAAAUGCAGGAAAGGAACAGAUUACGCCAAAGCCCCAGUCUGUGCCGAAACUCUUUGAUGACAGUGACGAUGAUGAUGAUAUUUUCGCUUCUGCCGCUGUACCAGCAUCUUUGCACAGUAUCCAAACCACUGUCAAGCCUGUUCAAGCUAAGCCACCCAUUAAACCCGCAGCGACUUCUCUCUUUAGUAGUGAUGAUGAUGAUGAGCUGGUGGUGCCAGCCAAGAGUGCUCCUGCCAAAAAAUUGCCCUUAAAGAAAGGCAAAAGCCUCUUUAGUGACGACGACGACGAUGAUGAUCUGUUCGGAGGAGGCUCGGCGUCUAAAGUUAGCGCAAUCAAAAAAACCAACACUGUGAUCCGGACAGCAUCCAAACCAGCUACUGGUAAAGCCCCAAAUGCGACUCCAACCAUUCCCUCUAAAUCCAGCGAUAAUCCAUUGGCCGAUCUUCUCGAUUCGGAGUAAAAACAUGAAUGCUUUUUAUUACAAGUAUGUACAGUUUUCGAUCUGUGGAUGGUUAGACUGUCGAUCAGAGUAUUGUUAUCCGUAUUCCUAGUAAGUAUAAUAAACAAUGAAUGUCAAUGACAAUUUGUGGUCGAUUCUUAGAACUAAACUUGGGGUUCGCUUUGAACAAGUUACGAUGAUGUAACCAGUUAAUCUAUUACUAGGUUUAUACGCCUUUUAUUUGCUAAACUGUUUGUCAAAGAAAUUAUACAUUUCUCUUUGUUGAUACUUUGUUAUUUUUCAAAAUUUGUGAUACUGCGUUUAUUUGCUAAUAAAAUUAUACCUAAACUUCUAA